AUUUACUACUUUUACAUGUUCUACGCAGUCAUGAACCGCAUAUGUUCUUGGUCAUAAUUUAAGUUUAUGUGGAAGUUGAGCAAGUUUUUCUUAGUUUUCAUGAAUUUUAUGGCAAAAAUGUCUGCAUUUCGGACCCGAUUUCAAGAUUUCAAAUAUAUAUCGACUCGAGUGUCUCGACCUGUCCUCAGCUCCAAUGUUUUCCCGAUGUCUCCGAAGAAAUCGCUUUUGAAGCCAUCGUUGAGUUCAUUGAAUGAUAGCAGAAAUGGUUUACACAUAAGUUGUGUUGAUAUGCGUAUAGUGGUCGGCCCUCCUGGAGGUGGUGAUGCCUCCCAAUUAAGAGGUGGUUCGGGCGGUGGUACCGGUGUAGGCAGUGGUGGUAGCGGUGGUGAUAAGACAUUCUCGAGCAGUUCCGGUGGCAGUGGAGGCGGUGGUAAAGACGGCCAGUUGUGUUGUCCCAAAUGUGGGAAUCCCUGCACUCAUGUCGAGACUUUCGUUUCUUCAACUCGUUUCGUGAAGUGCGAGAAAUGUCUUCAUUUCUUUGUAGUCUUAUCUGAAAUCGAUUCCAAGAAAACCAUUAAAGAGAAUCGAAAUGUUAAUAACGAGAAACUCAAUGUCCAGAGAAAGCCUCCGCCGCCGCCUAAAAAAAUCUAUGAGUUCUUGGAUAAGAACGUUGUCGGACAGAACUACGCCAAGAAAGUGCUUUCCGUUGCCGUCUAUAAUCACUAUAAAAGGAUUUAUCACAAUAUGCCGGCCAAUGGCAGCACCGGCUCUACUUCUGGCCGCACUGUUCUCUCGAAUGACGCCAAUAUAGUAGAGACUCAUUCGACCGGAAUCUUCAAUCAUAAGGAUCUGCUACACAUCACAGGUUUGGGCACAAGUAAUGCAUUGGGUGUCGGGAACUUCCAGAACCAACAGAACUUUCAAUCGACAGACAUUCCCGACUCGAGUACAGGCGGACAAUCCAUUCCCAACUCAAACCGUGGGAACGAUGUCUUGGAUUCGACGACUCAUGAGUUGAGAUUAGAGAAGUCCAACAUCUUAUUAUUGGGACCGACAGGCAGUGGAAAGACAUUACUGGCGCAGACAAUAGCGCGAUGUUUGGAAGUGCCGUUCGCUAUAUGCGAUUGUACGACACUGACACAGGCCGGGUAUGUGGGAGAGGACAUUGAGUCGGUGAUUGCCAAACUACUGCAAGACGCCAACUAUAACGUGGAGAGAGCACAACAGGGCAUCGUAUUCCUGGACGAAGUGGACAAAAUCGGUGCAGUGCCCGGCAUUCAUCAGCUCCGGGAUGUGGGCGGAGAGGGUGUACAGCAGGGGAUGUUGAAGAUGUUGGAGGGCGCCGUUGUGAACGUUCCCGAACGCAACUCUCGCAAACUGAGGGGCGAGACAGUGGUUGUGGACACGACUAACAUCCUGUUCGUAGCGUCGGGUGCUUUCAACGGUUUGGACCGAAUUGUUAGCCGACGUAAGAACGAGAAGUAUUUGGGAUUCGGAGCACCCGUUUCGCACUCUCCCGGAAGGAGAGCCGCUUCGGCUGCAGACGUCGCCAACAAUUACAGCUCCAACAGCGCUGCCGAAGAUUUGGCCGAAAAGGACGCCCUCUUGAAAGUGGUUGAGGCCAGGGAUCUGAUUGAGUUCGGAAUGAUUCCGGAAUUUGUGGGCCGUUUCCCAGUGGUUGUGCCCUUUCAUAGUCUCACUGAAGAUAUGUUGGUUGAGAUCCUGACUGAGCCGCAGAACGCACUCAUACCUCAGUACCAGAUGUUGUUUGGUAUGGAUAAGGUUGAGCUCACCUUUCAUGCCGACGCCCUCAAGACUAUCGCUAAGCAGGCGAUGGAACGCAAGACCGGCGCCAGAGGUCUUCGCGCUAUACUUGAAACAAUUCUCUUGGAACCGAUGUUUGAUAUCCCGGGAACUGAUGUGUCGAGUGUACACAUCACUGAAGACGUAGUGUUAGGCAAAGCUAAACCCCAAUACGUGCGCUCCUCGACCUCCACGGCCCCCAUACAUGACGCCUAUGAUAAUAAUGACUCGACAGUGGGUCAGGAGAGGGCUAUCAAUACAUAA